CUUCCUUUUUUUCCCACGUUGCCGUCGAUUAAUGUGUUAACGUACAAAAUUGUCAAGACUUAGCGCCGUGUAUUAAAUAUGAGAACAAACGCCAGUGUCUUCUGGAGCGUAUAGUCACCUUUAUGGGGCGUAAGAGGGCAAAUUCCGCGUUACGGAUUGAGAGUGAGAGACAUCAUGCUCAUCAUGGGAACUAUGACGGGUUUAGAUUUAUUUAUACUACAUAAAACAUACAUUAUGGUGUACAUUGAGCACAGAAAUUUCUAACAGUAGCAUAACGCUACACUGACUGAAUCAGUGCCAGCCAGUUUUGGUGAUUUGCUGAAACAAACUAAUCAACAAAACACAAUUUUUUACCGAAUUCACCAGAACUUAACGAUUACAAGUGGCAGAGCUUCUUUGUGUGUCAUUUUAAAAGUAAUUUUUAAAAUGCGUGUGGUGGUUUUAAAAAGGUAACUUAUUGAACAUAUUGAAGUUCACCCGCCGCUGCAGUCGAGUGCAGAGCUUCACUAGUAACUUAUGUGGGCUCCGUGCGGCCGUAUUUCCUCGUGUACACGCAAACGGCGCAGAGGAAAAUCCCUCUCACAGUUUGAUUUAGGUCAUGCAUGGAAAUGGCCGAUGAAGAGACAGUUAUUCUUGAUCGAAUUUUGUGGGGUUAACUUGAAAAGUGGAGGCUGGUCUUAUUUUCUCGAUUAGAGUAUUGCGCGCAUAUUACAUAUUAGCGUGGUAGUAGGCUGCAGUUGAAGGUCGCAGUGUGCCACUGUAAACAGGCACACAGCUGUUCCAGAGCAAACAGGUCAGUGAACAAGGCUGAAAGCCUGCACUGUUCCUGCCCUCUGGUCUACUGCAGCAUUUCAAACAAACAAUGGUGGAAAAUCCAUAAGGGGUGUAACAGCAAAUUUAUUCUGCAGUCGACAGCACAUUUCCUUCUUUUUUUAAAACGCAAUUUCAGUUUUUUCCUGGAGUAUACUGUUUCCAGCACCCACACACAAGUUGAAUAUUACUGUCAACAUAGUUUUAAUUUAUAAUUUUUAGAGGUAUCUAUAUUUCAUGCUUUGACUCCAUUUGCUGCAAAGUUCAGUUGUCCUAUUUCUAAAAGCACCAAGGAAUUUAUUUCAGGAAGAAAACAUGCAUGAGCGAAACAGAAUUGGGAGUUUUGUAUGACCCAUGUGUCAUUCAGAAACUAAACAUUAAAGCCAUGAAACAGUCAUGUGCUUUGAUCAAAGAUCAAGUUGUUAAUACCAUUUGUAUUUUUCCAGAAAUUCCUUAAUUUAAUUUCAGGACUUUUAAGUAUUGUUUGUCACUGAAAUCACCAUGACAACGAAAGACAAGGAAGAUGGAUGUCGACUCUGUGGAGGGGUACUGCUGGGCAACCAUCGGAGGUGGCUAUUUGCAGGCCAGAAGAAGAGACCCCCCCAGAGUCCCUCUGACACCAUCAGCAAAGAUGGCCGGAGUAGGUCGGCCCGGAGUAGCCCAUGGGGUAGCAGUCUAUCCUUGAGUUCCUCCCACUCCCUCUCAAAGUCACAAUCCUUGUCCUCCCCCUCAAGAGGUGUAGACCUGCUUACUGUGCUGAAACACAUAAUAGGGAAGGCUGUACCACGAGACAGCGGGCAGGGGGAGUUCCUAUGUGGAAAAUGUGUGUCAGUUUUGGAGCGAGUUUUCAAGUUUGACACUGUCAUUGCUCGAGUCAAAGUCUUGUCUUCUGAGAAGCUGCAGAAUCUGAGUCAAGAGAGGGACAAGAUAAGACAGUGGGUUUACAGUGUUUAUAGACAACGUAAUGCUGAUGAAUGGCCAAUGAAAGGAAGCACCAGUGAGGAUGAUGAGGGAGGUGGGACAGACAGAGGGAACCAAGAAGAAGAUGGCUAUAGGGAUUUGCUCAAAGACAAUAUGGCCCUGUCAGAAUUUGAGUUUUGGUCAGAAAAAUGGAAAACUUGCCCUUAUUUUCGGAGAACGGGUAAAAGAUGUAAGAAGGGUAAAAACUGUGAAGGGUGCAAUGCUCUGCGAGUUUCAGACUCAGACUAUGAGUCGGUUUGCGGAGUCCCUCGUUUCCUCCAGUUUCAGCCGUUUUCCCCGCUGCCCCUAUCUCGGGACAAGUCCCGUAGCAUGCCCUUACAUUGGUCAAGGUUGUCAUCAGUCAGCUCUGACACUGCAUCCUUAGCAGGCUCUUGUCUCUCUCUGCAGGGACCUUCUCACUCUGAAUCUAUUCAGUCUUUGGAUUCACUGGAUGGCUAUGAAGCCUUCCAUUGGUCAGGGGAGCCUCCGGUUACUGUAGGAAAUGUUCUCCGUGAGCUAAAGGGCAUAAUAGCAAAACCAGUCACUUCUCCAGCAGGGAGUAGAAUUCCGGUUCGGGAUAGGAAGAAGGAGGGGUUUUCGGUAGCUGCAGGUGAAAGGUCAGGGACAGGUGUUGUAAGGGUGCUGAGUUUUGGAGAGGGAGAUGACGAGGAUGAAGUCAUCAAUGGAGAAUCCAAAGAUGUGUUAACUGAGCUGACUGAUGAGUUUAUUCCUUUACACAGAGAGAGUAAAGGUCGAAUGCACAAUGUAGUCAGACAGCUAAGAGGACAACUGGACCAAGCUGUUGCACGCAUCAAGACCCUUGAGGCCGAUCUUAAGGUUGUAAAUGGACAUACAGCAGAGGAUGCCAGUCAGCUAGCAGUUCUGGAAAAGGCUGGCAGCGAGAGUGUGCUGCUCCAGAGUGUGGCAAAUGCACUACACUGCAGAGAAAAAGUCAUCCAGGACUGUAUGACUUGGGUCCAAAAACUAUGUGCAGGUGUCGGUGUGGAAGCUGAAGCAGGGGAAAAACUGGUGGAAAAACUGAGAGAUGUACUGGAAAACACACGCAUAGACAAUGAGAGUGUGUUCGAAUCCAUGCUUUCCGAGCAAAGAGGGACGGAGCAAAGACUGGAGAGAGAGAUGGAAGCUCUAAGGGAGGCUACAAGAGAGAGGGAGAGGGACCUCAACAUGCUGAGCACCGUUCUGCAGUGCAACCAGGACAUUAUCUCAGAACUGCGACUGGAAGUGAGUGAACGAGAGCGAGCACAAAAAGAGGGGCAGCGGGAGAAGGAGGUGUGGAGACAGAGAGACCAGACCAUGACUGCACUGCUACAAGAGAAGGAAGCCCUCAUAUGCUUCCUGAAAGAGGCGCUGGACAGCGCACAGCGGGAUAUACAGGCUCUUUCGGACUCUGUGAUUGGACAAGGAGUGUCGGGUGCAGGGGCUGAGGCUGCUCUGGCCUAUCAGCUGAGAGAAAAGGAGAUGCUGCUGUCCCGCUGGUUGAAAGACAAAGAGGAGCACGGUGCCUCCUUGUUGCAGGAAGUCGAUCGGCUUAAUGUGAGCUUGAAAGACCUUGAAACUCUGAUGCAGACACAGAGGGAAAGUCACAGUCAGACUGUGUCCGCACUGUCAGCGCAGCUGAAGGAAACGCAGAAGGAGCUGCGGGAGAGAGAGAAAGAGAACAAGGAAGCAAAGCGGCAGUGGCAGAGUGAAAAGGAGCAGAGUACUGCGGAAGAGAGGAAACUAAGAGAAAAUCUAGAGAUGAGAGAUAAGCUUAUACAGCAGGUCCUCCUGGAUUCAGAGGCACGAGAUCAACUAUUAGCGGAACUGCAGCAGAAUCUCCUGAUGAAGGUGGAACCUCGAACAGCUCUGAAACACACUCUCUGAGAGGGAUCUGAAUUGGAAUUCCAUACAAGGGACACUAGUUCUAAUAGAAAGGUUGUUGAUGCCAAGUUUGAGCAGAGGAUGUCAGGCUUGUUACCAGCGUACAUUUUUCUGCAAGUAGCUUUCCGUUCUCCAGAACGACUGCACUUUUUUUUGACAAAGGAAGUGGAAAAACAGAAUGAUUAAAAUAAAACCAAUUUUUAUGUCUUGGGAGAAGAAUGAAAGGCAAAUGAUGCUAAGAAAGGAAGGAUGUACGUAUAUUUUGGAGUUUUUAUUGGUUUGAAUACACCUCUAUUGAAAUUAAUUUGUCUGGGAGUUGGGUAUUUAACUAUGUAUUGUUUACAUAAUGUUAAGGUUAGAAACUGUCUUCUGUUAUAUGGGUGGCAUUUUAUGUGUUAUGUUUGAUGGUGACUUGCCUGCUUUACUGUGAACAUGUGUGAAGUGUGAUUGGAAGCUGAUUGUCAGAGGUCAUUUAAAUAGAUUUAUUUGACCAGGUAACUUAUGUAAUAUGCCAGAAUACCUGCCUUCACGUAUUCUACAGGAGCAGUUUGAGUACAAGGGAGGGUGUUUCCCCCAAGGUAAAAAUUUCAUCUGUUGUGAUUCUGUACAUUAACUAGUUCCUCACACAACUGCCUCAUUACCACAGCGGAAUUGUUCAAGUAUUUUAGCUUGCUACCAACUGUCAUAGGCCAAUACUUUAUGAAUUUAUAUACCCAGAAAUUGUUCAACAAGUUUACAAAUGAUGGGAUAGAAUACUGGAAAUUAACUGCUACGAAAUCAGCCAACACUUGCCUUUCAUGCUGUUUAACUGUACACUGUACAAUAUUUAAAUUCUGUUUUAGUUAAUUCAAAAGCUAGGUUGGUUUGGAUAUUGCUGCAUGGGGAAAAGCAAUUUUUAGCCUUUUGUCACUGACUUUUCAGUUGUUAUAAGAAAUAGUUUGAAUUGGUUUAGGUCGUUGUUUUGAUACACCUCCUGCCUUCAUCCGCACUGCCACUAAGUUACUGGCGCUGAUAUGAAAUAAAAUGUACCCCCCGCAUUACGAUCCGUACCGCGAUUCUCU